AUGCUGUCCUACAUAGUCGGCCUCAUCGCCGCCUUCAUCUUCCUCGUAAACCCCAUCAGCCAGCUCCUCUUCGGCAGCCAGCAUGCCUCCGGGCCCUCGCCCAGGCCUCACCUCAACGAGUCCAUGCUCGCCAUUGACCACCCCAAUGAUCCCGUCCCCCAAUGCCCGCCUGACACAUACAGGGCCCAGAUCCUGCGCGUCUCGCCGCUGGUCGUAUAUCUAGAGAACUUCCUAAACGAGGACGAGAGAAAGCACCUCCUCGACAUCAGGGCUAAGCCCCCCAGCGAACCCCUCUUCCAACCCUCCACAAUCACCCACGACUCGCAGACGACGCAGCGCGACCUCGCCCUGCGCGACUCCGAGGUCGCCCUCCUCCCCCGCGACGACGCCGUGCGGUGCGUCGAGCGCCGCGCCCGCGCCUUUCAAGGCUGGAGGCGCGACGUGUGGAUCGAGCGCCUCCGCACCCAGCGGUACCACGCGCCCCACGGCCACUACAGCCACCACUUCGACUUCAGCCGGAACCAGGACGGCUGGGGCCGCGUGAGCACCUUCAUGGCCUGGGUCGACGGCUCAGACGACGUCGAGGGCGGGGGUACCGAGUUUCCGUACCUGGCUGGGCGGAUCAACACCACCAGCCCGGAGGACGGUGCGCGGUGGUGCAAGUUCAUCGAGUGUGAUGAUGGUGAGAGUGCCAAGGAGAAGUCUAGCGAGGAAGGGGGACCGGAUGAGCCCAAGGGGACUGUGUUCAAGGUGGCGCCGGGGAACGCCGUCUACUGGGAGAAUUUCAGCCCCGAGGGGCUCGGGUAUGAUACGACCUGGCACGCCGGUCUGCCUGUGAAGAAGGGCGUCAAGGUUGGGUUGAACAUCUGGAGCUUUGGGAGGAUUGAAUGA